UGGCAAGCUUAGCUUAUAGUACGAAUUCGGUCUACUUAUCCCUAGUUUUGACACAUUCCAUUCGAUUCAAGGCGACGAAAAAUCCCAAACUCCGUUUAAUUUUCAUGUUUUUUCUUCUAAAUUUCUUCAAAAGAUAUUUAUAUGACGUUCCUAUGGCAAAUUGAACAUGUCCUCCAACGCAACAACAACGCCAACGACGAAAUCACAUUUACAUAAAUCUUGUACUAACAAUAAUUCCCAGAGUUUGCCACGCUUGACUGCGACCUGUGCAGGCUGCCUCAAUGAAUUACACUCCUCGAAUGCUGAAGAUUAUACCAUAGCCUUGGGCCAAGAAUGGCACACAGACUGCUUUCGCUGUUCAGUAUGCGACAAUCAUUUACACAACUGGUAUUUUGAAAAGGAGGGCUUACUCUUCUGUCGCGAUGAUUACUACCAACGGUUUGGUGAGGCAUGCCAACAGUGCAGCGAUUUCAUAUCAGGUCCUGUUAUGGUGGCCGGCGAUCACAAAUUUCAUCCGGAAUGUUUUUGCUGCACAGAUUGCAAGGCGUUUAUAGGCUUUGGCGAAGCGUUUGCUUUGCUGGAACGAUCAAAACUGUAUUGUGACACUUGCUAUAGGAGAUUGACGAAUUCAUCCAGUUCGGCAUUCGAAAGCGUUAAACCGCUACACUCUAUACGCUUGGUGGAAAUACCAAAAGAUGUGACCCCAACUUUGCGGUUGUCUGUUGAUAAUAUAAAUGUAGCACAGCGUCAUCAUCAGUUAAGCAAUCCGGAUAAUUGGUAUUCUCGUGUAUAUAAUUCUGCUUCGACGUCGACAGUUGAUGGAAAGACUGGUCUGCUGACAGGCAGUUCUUCGGAACUAUGUCCUGCUGUUCGAAUAUCUGAGUUCAUUUGUAGAGUUUAUGGACGUGUUGGCAAAUACGUUUUCUCCCUAAUCACAUCGGUUAUUGAUCAGUGUUGUGGGGCUUAUAGAAUUGAUGUAAAUCUCACCAACCUGCAUGUGGGAGAUCGGAUUUUGGAAGUCAAUGGUACACCCGUGAGUGACAACUCCAUAGAGCAGAUCGAUAAAAUGAUACGUAGCACAGAGAUCCUCCAGCUGACGGUGGAACAUGAUCCCUUGCAAGUAUGUCGUAGCUGCAGUAAUGUGGAUAUCAAGAAGGUCACCAGUGAAGUGUCCCUGCCUUUGGCCACCUCAGCGUCGAGUGUGGAAGUGUUUGGACGUAUCUACGAAAGUAGUGGUAGCACAAGCACGGCCACCACUGCAAUAAGCCACAACGAUGGUGGGUCACCCACACGUCUGACGAAACAGGAUAAAGAACGCAUCUACAAGAGAAAAGAUGAGGGCUACAUUAGUGGAACUAAAACCAGACAAUUACGCAAAUACAAAAACCUAAAUCAAAUGGCGGCAAGCGAUCUUCUGAAUCAAAGUUCGAACAGUGAAACGAACAGCACCACUUCAGUUUCAUUUCGUGGCAAGGAAAGAUGUUCAAGCAUGUCCAAACUCAUGGGCGAACAACAUCCGGACCAAACGCAACAAAUGAACGAUUUGUCCCGCACGAAAUCUUUUCGUGUGGAACAGCAACCUUCGCGUAUUUUUCGUCCCUCCGAUCUGGUUGUGGGUGAAAUGUUGGGCAAGGGUUUCUUUGGCCAAGUCUUCAAGGUAACAGAUCGCAACACAAAGGAGGUGAUGGUCUUGAAAGAGCUCUACCGCGUGGAUGAAAGUGCACAGGAGAAUUUUCUCAAAGAAGUGGCCGUUCUUAAGUCAUUAAAUCACAAAAAUGUUCUAAAAUUCAUUGGAGUACUGUACAAAGAAAAGCGUCUGCAUCUGGUAACCGAAUAUGUGGCCGGUGGCUCACUAAAGGAACUAUUGCACGACUCGGGAUUGCCUUUAACCUGGACAGAGAGAAUUUCCUUUGCCAAGGACAUUGCAUGUGGAAUGUGUUACUUGCACUCGAAAGACAUCAUCCAUCGUGACUUGAACUCUUUAAAUUGUUUGGUUCGGGAAGACAAAACCAUAAUUGUUGCCGACUUUGGAUUGGCACGCAUCAUCAACACCUCCUUGAGUACAAAAUGCACAGAACAGACGCAGACAGACAACAGUGCCAGUAAAACGGGAACCUGGGGACGAAGCAAGAGCCGACAACGCAGACAACGCUACACCGUAGUUGGUAACCCAUAUUGGAUGGCGCCGGAAAUGAUGAAAGGUCACAUCUAUGAUGAAAAGGUUGAUGUAUUUUCAUUUGGCAUUGUGCUGUGUGAGAUUAUUGGUCGUGUCCAGGCGGAUCCUGACUUUUUGCCACGCACCUCAGACUUUGGCCUAAAUCAGAAGGUAUUUCGUGAAACAUUUUGUAACCAGUGUCCCGAAGCAUUUUACAAAAUAACAUUUCUGUGUUGUGACUUAAAUCCGGAUAGGAGACCCUCCUUUGAGAUAUUGGAAGUGUGGCUGGACAGUUUAAAGACAUAUAUAUCGUCCGGGCAGCCUGUUCCCCAUGAACUUUUGUAUGAUAUUGACAGCUAUCAAGGUGGCAGUAUUUGUUCAACACCAGUCGAUAUCUUGACUCCAAAAUCCAAUCUGAGUCGAGAUAAUUUAGAUGAAGUGGGAAAUGGCAAACCAAAUUUUCCAAUCACAAAUCCAAACCUAAAAGAUUCCCCAAAAGAUGAUGGGCCCAAAGAAUCGAUGGAGGAAGACAAACAAGAUAAUAGCUUGCUUUUGCCGGACGGAAUACCGAAAUCACCACAUUUGGGAAAGGAUUUUUCACCAAGUGGAGAACGAAUACACAACAGUAUGCGCGCCAGAAGGAGACAACGUUUUCUACAGGCCCAGAGCACUUUGAGCGGGGGUGAGGAUCAAAGCACAGAGCGGGUUUUGGAGGCCGUCAAGGAGACACUGCAAAAUGAUUGUCACAAAAGCAAGACAGCGCAAAAUAAACGAAACUUGGAUAGAGGUUUUAUUUUGGACAUAAAUCGUAGUGGCAUUCUUCACAUCAAUAAUGUGCGAGAUCUCAAUAAUCUUUCCGAUUUCGAUUCGAGUUGUGAUACCAGUCUCAAUUAUCACGAAGUCAAUGCCGGCAUGGAUGGUGUAUCGAUUAAUGAUGAAAGUCGAAAACCGACCGAAGAAAUUAAAGAACAAACAGUCCUCACAACGACAGUAGAGGAAAUGGAAGAUGACUCCAAGUCGACGGACCGAGCAAGGCAAACACCGGCGGAGGACGAGGAGCAGGAAAAUAAUGAAAAUCGUACAAGUCAAAAUAAACUAUACAACCAUAACAUAGCAGCUAAUGAGGAACAGAAAUCUCUGGAUUCCUUGGACAAUAUAAAACGUAAUCUUGCCGAUAAAUCGUACAAAUUAGCACUUGAAGACUUUAGGACCCGUUUGAAUUUGUGUAAAAACAAAUUCGAUGCAAUUGAGGAAGCAAAUCGCAAAAACUUCAAUAACUCACAAAAUUCGAUGCGUUCCCUGUUCAAAAUAAACACAUCUGAGGAAGUUUUUAAAUCACCACCAGAAGCCUUGAAAAUGUUUCAGCGUUUGAAGCCAACCAAGUCUACGGAUAGCCCUGAUGGUCUGAAGAACACCUAUCGGGUUAAUCAAACACCGGUAUUUGGUAGAAAAAUGACGCAACAACAGCCAAAGGAAUUCUAUAAACCUCAUUCCGAUUCUUUGGAAAAUCUAGACAAAAUCUCUAUUACAGACACGUCGAAAACCGACAAGAAAGAGACAAGUCCGGCCAAGAGAGCAAAAUUGCCCAAAGAGGGAACCUUUAAAAGCUACAUAACAUCAUUGGAUAUAACGCCCACAGCACCGUCGGAGGAAUCUUCAAUGCCAAUUGCUCAAACAAAAAAGCCCCUUGGUGGUAGUGGCCGGCUGAAGGUGUCCAGUAAUUUGUUAAGUAUACGGCGAACAUUAAAUCUUUCGUCACCCACCAGAAAUGAAGAGACAAAAGGAUUUAGUCGUCGUACUUUGUCGCCAACGAAAUCAAGUGAAGCCAAACGGGUGACAGCCACAAAGCAGCCGCAGCAGCCGGAUUUGCCAACAACUUCUAGAAAUCGUCUUCUCGCAACAUCAUCCGCAAUAAAGCCCAGCAAUCGCCUUACUAUUUUAAGUCCAGAAAAAGUGCAUCGUUUAAAUGCUAAAUUAACGGAUCAGAAGAAACAAUCCUCAGCCACUAUUGCCAAGACAAACAUUACCAAUAACAACAACAACAACAAUAAUAGCAAAGUAAACGAAAUUAGAUCAACAGAAACAUGUACCACCGCAUCACCAGCAGCAGCAUCAUCAUCGUCACCACCAUAUACAAAAUUAUUACCACCGUCCACAAAUCUGUCCCCAACCACCACAACAACAACGACAGCAACAUCAUCAACAUCAACCCACAUAAAUCGUAGCACCGAACACGAAACGAAACAAAAACGACAACCUGUUUCUAGGUCUCAAUUCUUUACCAGAUGUUAACUUUUGAAAUUAUUUGCUUAACGGAAUGAAUCUCCAAACCUCGAUAAUACUCGAUUUAGAAAUCAAAAAAAAAAAAAAACAAACGAACUAAAAAGAAUGCGACACGAAUGUUGAAUUGGUUCGGUAACAUUGGUUGCUCAAAAAUCAUAAAUCAUGAAUGUGAAUAUUUUGGGAUGAGUAACAAGAAACUACGUUUCUAAGUGCCUGAUAAUAAUAAUCAUAAUAAUAAUAAUAUACCAAUCUCUAUCUAGCAAUAUACAUACAUACAUACAAAGAUAUGUAAGUAAAAUGCAAUAAUUUUACAAAAACAACAAAAAUCAUAACAUAUACACAUUCGAAUAUUUAUAUGUAUACAAUAAACAUAACCCCCUCCCCCCUCCCUUUAGGUAUUUCAAAAACAAAAAGACAAACAAACGCGUUUUUAUGCGAUAUUCUUUUUAGUGCCAUUAGCAUUAAGCAAUUGUUUAACUAUUUUUUUUCUUUUCUUAUUUUUUUGUAAAUGAUAAGUCGAACAAUAAUUCUAAAUGUUAAUGCCAUUAUGUUAAAUUAAAAUGUUAACAGUAUUUAAUUUUAACAAUUUUUAGUCUUAAUUUAUACAAUUACAUUUUUAUAAACUUAUCUCCUUUAAUAAUUAAUUGUUCAACUCAAUGUCAAUUUGAUUGCUCAACUAAGAGACAUAAACCUAAAAAAGACGUUUACAAAAAUGCUGCUUCUUUUCCUUAGUAACACACAGAUAGUCUAGUUGCCUAAGACUUAAACUAAACAAAUACUCUCUCAAUUAAUUGUUAACUUGUAUUUUAAGAGCCAUUGU